CGGAAACAAAUGUCGGGUAUGCUUGCAAAACAAAACCUUGGUGAACCUGAUUAUGAAUUUAUUUUACUCAUGAGCAGUUGGAAUUGAAAAUUGUAUGAUAAUUUAAUGAAUGAAUUGAAGUUAGAAAUGGAUAAACGUGACAAAAAAAGAAGAAGAUCAGUCAGACUUUUAUCUCAAACAGAAGAGAUAGAAAAAGCUUUGAUAGAUAACUUUGAAGCAAAAUAUGGCAGUGUAUGGAAGGAUUUUUCCCCAGAUUAUGUUUCAUCUAGGAGAAAAUCCAUGACAGGAAGGAGAUCUGGUAUCCAUAAGACACUUCCUAUGCCUGUAAUAAAUGAUGAUGAUUUAGAAACAGAUGAAUUAUCAGUACAUAACAGAUUUGACUCCCCUGAAUUGUUGAGAGCUCCUGACAACUUAUCAGCAGACAACUCCCUUAAUGGAAAGGAGAACACAAGUGCAGAAACACCUAAUUUGAUGGUACCUGAAAAUGACCAAUCAUCUUCUAAAACACCAGAAGAAAUUCUGAAGAUGAAAACUCCAAAAUCAUAUGCAGGUAAACCUGUAAAGGAUUUUAGCAUUACUCCAGAUAAUGUUGAAAUGCCAUUUGAAACAGAGUUUGAAAGUCCUGAUUACCCUGAAGGUAUUUUGAUUGGACAAAAUGAAGGUAUUGAUCUGCAUCAGAGUCCCAUAAUGUCAGAAAGAUAUUCACAGAAGGGAAUUCCAGUCACACCUAAGUACAAGACAGUUGACAAUGAGUUCAGAACUCCAUGUGCAAUUCUAAGAUUAAACGAUUCUCUACCAUAUUCCCCAUCACAGCCAGUUUUCUCAACACCGUCACUCAAUUUACCUAAAUCCAAUUCAGAGACACCAUUCUCAUCACACUCUAUUUUUGAUCGAGUUGAUAAUAGUUGUGUAUCUUCACCUUGUUCACCGUCAGAAUCAGAGAUGACAGAAUCUUGUUUAGACAUUUGCUCAGAGACUUCUGAAAAGAAAGAAACAGCCAAUCAGACAGCACCAAAACAAGAACUGUCUUCAAGAAAACUGUCAAAUAAGAAAGUAAACAAGACAAAAAAUUUAGAAUCUUCUGGAGAAAAACUUGAGCGAGAAAGAAAAGAAACAUCUACAUUUUUGUCAAUAUGUAAAUCUCUUGCUAGUAAAAUUGUAAACGUAGUGCGUAAAUCUCCUGAAAAUGAUACUGAUAAACAGACAGAAAAUUUAGAAAAUACAAUUCAAGAUUUCUUUCCAGCUACUGAAGUUAUUGAUAACAUAGAGGAUAAAACACAUUUUGAUGUAAAUUGUGAGACAAAGUUAGUCUUUGAGUGUGAAAAGGAAACAUGUGUAUCCAAUAUGCUGCCUUUGAAUAAAACAACAAUUACGAAAAAGAUUGAGGAUUCUGCAAAUCAUGAGUUGUUAUUGACAGUUAGCAAUAAACCUGAAAAAUCAAACAAUGAAAUCAUUAACAAAUGCAAUAAGAAUGUAAAACUUAAAAAUCCACAAGAAAGUUUGGGUAAAGAAACAACUGUAAAUAAAGAUGCUCAGUUGAAAGAUACAUCAGAUACAAUAUCUAGUCAUGGUCAUACUGAAUCAUUGUCUGAUAAUAAUGCCAAAUCAUUUACAUUGUUAAAGUCUGUUGGUAAAGAAAAAGAGGGAGAAUGUCAUAUCAAAGAUUUUAAUUCAAAUUCUGAACGUAGAGCAGUGUCAGAAAAAAUACACAAGUCUAAUGUGCAGAAACAUACUCAUUUAUUAUCAAAUGAUGCAAAAUCUGUGAGAGGUGUGGAAACUGAUCAUCUACAAAUCACUGACAAAAUCUGUUCCAAUGAUACAGAUCAAGAAAGAAAUAAGGCACCAAAGAAAGCUGCCAUGAAAAAGCAGAAUAAAGCAAAAAGGCUAUCCAUUGAUUCACAUAUAAUGCCUGAUAUUUCUUCAGAAAAGUUGUCACAUGAUGCUGCAAAAGAUGAAAAAUUAAAGAAGAAAAAGUCAUCAACAGCUCGUAGAAGAUCAGCUGAUCCAGUUCUGUUAGCUCGUAUGAGUGAAAAAUUUGGGGACAAAGCUGGGCCAAGCUGGACAUGUGCUAAACAGAGUGCUGUUGUGGAAGAAGUAAAUGCACAGAUAAAAGACAAUAGUGUUCCUUCCCUUGAAGAGGAAAAACCUAUGAAGAAAAGGGGGAGACCUACUAAAAGAAAUUCAGAUAUUGGACUUUCUAAACUUAGAAAACAAGACCAGGAAUCUAUAGACAAUAAAGAGAGUACUUGUGAAAUCAAUUUAAUAAGUGACAAAAGUAAAAUAGGAGAUGAUAAGAAUAAUGAUAAUGCAUUAAAAGGUGAUGUACCCAAAAAGAAAAUUGUUCGACCUGCUAGGAGGAAAUCUGCUGAUCCAAUAAUGUUGUCUCACAUAAGCAAAGACAUAGUUUGUAAUGAUGAUGGCAUUUGCUUACAGAGGUCAGAAAACAUUGAAGAUACUCAUAAAAUAGGUUCUCAAAACACUGAUAUAAACAAAGCAAACAUAAGUAGUGAGGUGAUAAAAGUUAGCCAGAGGAAAAGUCGUGCUGCAGGAAGGAAAUCAAAUACAUCUGUUAAACUGUCUCAGAUUGUUGAGGAAGCUAAUGAUGAUAAAACUGACAGUGCUUAUAGCAGUCAUUGUAGUGUUGAUAUUAUUAAAGAUUUUGAAAAUAUCAUCAAUGACGAUGUUUCGAGUCAUGGUAUAAAUGAUGUCGACAAAAAGGGGAUAGAAACUAAGCAGUUGGCAGUCAGUGAAACUAAAGAUCCUGACAAAAACAUUACAGAAAGGGAAAUUUUGCUAAACCAUGUAAAUAGUGCUGACUUUGACAAAAUUCAAGAAUUCCUUUCCAUGGAUGAGGAAAAACCUAUUGUUAAAAGUUCUAAAUCUCGACGUAGAUCUGCUGAUACUCUUACAUUGUCUGACAGUGUCUCACAUUCUCAGCAGGAUGGAAGUUCUGACAGUGCCUCACAUCCUCAGCAGGAUGGAAGUUCUGACAUUCCAUUAAGGAGAACAACCAGAAUUAAAAGAAGAUCAAUUGAAAUAUAUCAAGCUGGUGAUCAUUACCAGAAUAAUGAAUUAGAGAGUUUCUCAGACAGUCCUCAUUCACAAGACGACAAUAACUCUCCAGGAACAAGUUCAUCAGGUGUAAAAGCAAAACCAGCGCGAAAACGCAAGAUGAAAGAGGAGAAUGUUGAAGAUAUUUAUAGAAACAAAAAUUAUAAAAGACCAGAUGAUAGGGUUUGGGAAACUAUAUUUGAAUGUCCUGACGAGCUGAAAAACCCUGACCAACUCCUAAGUAAGAAAAGAUUUAAGAGGUCAAUUGCUUUUGAGUCUUUAAUGCCAACAAAAAUAAAGAAACGAACAAAAAAAGCUGUAGAUAAUGGCUGGGAUGCAAAGAGAAGGAAAAAACAACAGCUCCCAGAUGAAUUUGUCAUAGAAAAACUGGCAGAAUUAGAUACUAUAUUUAAUAGUUGAUUUAAAUACUUACAUGUUUAAGAAAUGCAACUUUGAAAGUUCAAA